AACCCAGGUCCACCGGCCCUCAGUCCUCAGGUCCACCGGCGCUCAGUCCUCAGGUCCACCGGCCCUCAGUCCUCAGGUCCACCGGCCCUCAGUCCUCAGGUCCACCGGCCCUCAGUCCUCAGGUCCACCGGCCCUCAGUCCUCAGGUCCACCGGCCCUCAGUCCCAGUCCACCGGCCCUCAGUCCUCAGGUCCACCGGCCCUCAGUCCUCAGGUCCACCGGCCCUCAGUCCUCAGGUCCACCGGCCCUCAGUCCUCAGGUCCACCGGCCCUCAGUCCUCAGGUCCACCGGCCCUCAGUCCUCAGGUCCACCGGCGCUCAGUCCUCAGGUCCACCGGCCCUCAGUCCUCAGGUCCACCGGCCCUCAGUCCUCAGGUCCACCGGCCCUCAGUCCUCAGGUCCACCGGCCCUCAGUCCUCAGGUCCACCGGCCCUCAGUCAACAAGUCCGGUCCACCGGCCCUCAGUCCUCAGGUCCACCGGCGCUCAGUCCUCAGGUCCACCGGCCCUCAGUCCUCAGGUCCACCGGCCCUCAGUCCUCAGGUCCACCGGCCCUCAGUCCUCAGGUCCACCGGCGCUCAGUCCUCAGGUCCACCGGCCCUCAGUCAACAGUCACCGGCCCUCAGUCCUCAGGUCCACCGGCCCUCAGUCCUCAGGGUCAACCGGCCCUCAGUCCUCAGGUCCACCGGCCCUCAGUCCUCAGGUCCACCGGCCCUCAGUCCUCAGGUCCACCGGCCCUCAGUCCUCAGGUCCACCGGCCCUCAGUCCUCAGGUCCACCGGCCCUCAGUCCUCAGGUCCCCGGCCCUCAGUCCUCAGGUCCACCGGCCCUCAGUCCUCAGGUCCACCGGCGCUCAGUCCUCCACCGGCCCUCAGUCCUCAGGUCCACCGGCCCUCAGUCCUCAGGUCCCGGCCCUCAGUCCUCAGGUCCACCGGCCCUCAGUCCUCAGGUCCACCGGCCCUCAGUCCUCAGGUCCACCGGUCCACCGGCCCUCAGUCCUCAGGUCCACCGGCCCUCAGUCCUCAGGUCCACCGGCCCUCAGUCCUCAGGUCCACCGGCCCUCAGUCCUCAGGUCCACCGGCCCUCAGUCCUCAGCCCUCAGUCCUCAGGUCCACCGGCCCUCAGUCCUCAGGUCCACCGGCCCUCAGUCCCACCGGUCCACCGGCCCUCAGUCCUCAGGUCCACGGCCCUCAGUCCUCCCUCAGUCCUCAGGUCCACCGGCCCUCAGUCCUCAGGUCCACCGGCCCUCAGUCCUCAGGUCCACCGGCCCUCAGUCCUCAGGUCCACCGGCCCUCAGUCCUCAGUCCACCGGCCCUCAGUCCUCAGGUCCACCGGCGCUCAGUCCUCAGGGUCCACCGGCCCUCAGUCACCAGGUCCACAGGUCCACCGGCCCUCAGUCCUCAGGUCCACCGGCAGGUCCACCGGCCCUCAGUCCUCAGUCCUCAGGUCCACCGGCCCUCAGUCCUCAGGUCCACCGGCCCUCAGUCCUCAGGUCCACCGGCCCUCAGUCCUCAGGUCCACCGGCCCUCAGUCCUCAGGUCCACCGGCCCUCAGUCCUCAGGUCCACCGGCCCUCAGUCCUCAGGUCCACCGGCCCUCAGUCCUCAGGUCCACCGGCCCUCAGUCCUCAGGUCCACCGCGCUCAGUCCUCAGGUCCACCGGCCCUCAGUCCUCAGGUCCACCGGCCCUCAGUCCUCAGGUCCACCGGCCCUCAGUCCCAGUCCUCAGGUCCACCGGCCCUCAGUCCCGGCGCUCAGUCCAGGUCAGGUCAGGUCCACCGGCCCUCAGUCCUCAGGUCCACCGGCCCUCAGUCCACAGGUCCACCGGCGCUCAGUCCCAGGCCCUCAGUCCUCAGGUCCACCGGCCCUCAGUCCUCAGGUCCACCGGCCCUCAGGUCCACAGGUCCACCGGCCCUCAGUCCUCAGGUCCACCGGCCCUCAGUCCCACAGGUCCUCAGGUCCACCGGCGCUCAGUCCACAGGUCCACCGGCCCUCAGUCCUCAGGUCCACCGGCCCUUAGUCCACAGGUCCACCGGCCCUCAGUCCUCAGGUCCACCGGCCCUCAGGUCCACCGGCCCUCAGUCCACAGGUCCACCGGCGCUCAGUCCACAGGUCCACCGGCGCUCAGUCCACAGGUCCACCGGCCCUCAGUCCUCAGGUCCACCGGCCCUCAGUCCACAGGUCCACCGGCGCUCAGUCCACAGGUCCACCGGCCCUCAGUCCUCAGGUCCACCGGUCCUCAGUCCACAGGUCCACCGGCCCUCAGUCCACAGGUCCACCGGCCCUCAGUCCACAGGUCCACCGGCCCUCAGUCCACAGGUCCACCGGCCCUCAGUCCUCAGGUCCACCGGCCCUCAGUCCACAGGUCCACCGGCCCUCAGUCCUCAGGUCCACCGGCCCUCAGUCCACAGGUCCACCGGCCCUCAGUCCUCAGGUCCACCGGCCAGGAGCCGCCAGGCUGCUAGCGCUACUAGCAAUAAACAUCUCUCCUACUUCUCUUAUUGA